UCAUUUAGACGUUCUAUCAACGCUGUUGUUCUAUUCGUCAAAUUUACUUUAAACUUAUAUUUUCCAUUACAGUUUUAAUUCUUUUUUCAUUUAUUAGGAUUAAUACUAUUUGAUUAUUUAUUGUAUGUUGGAUAUAAUUGUUGAUAAAUUUUUAACCUUUUCUCAUUUAGUGUGACAAAUGUUUAGCUUAUAAUAGAUGUCACCAUAUUUGAGCUCUAAAUUCCUCUGUAUAAUAUUUUAUACAUUGUCAAGUAUUUAAAUUCAAACAACUGAAGCCAUUAUGCUAUUUUAUAGUAUUCUCUGAUAAAGAUAAUCACGAAAAAGUUUUAUAUGGGAAAGCGUAAACAAAUUACUGAUCACCGGAUGGAUUCUGGAAUUGAUAAUUACUUCACGAAGAAGAUAGCAUCUUAUUCAAAAUUUCACAUGUCCUCCAUUAAGAAUCCAAAUACCAAAAUACAUUCAACACGUGUAACAAAUGUUCCGAAUCGAACACGAGUUACAUUACAACAACGAAUUGACCAAGACUGCAAUGCCGAUACGUCUGCGACGAAAGUCAGGACGACGGCGACGGCGACGAAGACGAUAUUCAAAUCAACCAAUACAAAAAGAUCAAAGAGCCAAGAUAUCACCAUAAAAAUAUAUAACAUUUCUAUUGAAAUUGAGUUAAUAUUUUAUUACUACAUUGUGUUAAUCAGAUUAAUGAUAAUACAAUUGUCUUCAUUCAUUCAUAAAUUAAUGAGUUUCACGAGUGAAUGGUUAAUUGAAAUAAAUUCAGAAUUAAAAUUGAAAGCAAUAAAUAAAACAUGUUUUAGGGUGUAAAUAAACAACAUAAUACAAUCUUCAAAGUAAUAUUUGACAAUGAAUCCAACUACUUGGUCGUAUGUUAAUGACCAUAAGCCAAUUAGAUUAUAUCAAGCUGAAAAUCAUAAUGUCAGUGAUGUAUCCAAUUGGUCUGAUACAGAAAACUAUCAUUUAACUCGACACAGUAUUGAGAUGGAAAAAAGUUAUAUAAAAGAUGUAAAUAAUUUAGAGGAAGAUAAUAACAAAGUAAUAGAAAGAGUAAAAAAUGAAGGACGCAGAACAUGUAUCAAUUUGGACACUUUAGGAGAAAAAAAUAUGAUUACGGUGGAUUUCACUUCAGCAGUGGAUUGUACAACUGCUUAUAAUGAUAACAGUUAUGAGAAAAAAGAAGGUGCUGAUAAAUUGAAAUGUUUGUAUGACGAAAGGAUAAACCAUAUUGAUGAUGAAGAGAUCGUUAUCAAUGGAAGUAAAUGUUCAAAAGUCAAAUUUAGUUCACGAAAAACCAAAAAAAUCAAUAAAUCCAAACGAAAUAUUAAUAAAGAACAGCCUAGUCCAUUAUCUAUUUCAACAUCUAGCUAUUCACCAUCUAGCAGAAUAAGUUCUGAUGAUUCGAGCUUUGAACAAUUUGCUGAAGCACAGCCACCAGAUGGUGGAUGGGGAUGGGUUAUUGUUGCAGCAUCAUUUAUGGUUAAUUUAAUAGCUGAUGGGAUAACAUUCUCAUUUGGAGUUAUUUUUGUUGAAUUUUUAAAUUAUUUCAAUGAAGGUAAAUCGAAAACAGCUUGGAUUGGAUCAUUAUUUAUGGCAAUGCCACUAUUAUCAGGACCAGUUGCAAGUUUUUUAACUGAUCGUUAUGGAUGCCGAAGAGUAUCAAUAGCAGGAAGUAUUCUUGCAACUGCUGGAUUUGUAUUUAGUUCUUUUACAAGUUCUAUGGGUGUGUUGAUAUUUACAUUUGGAGUAAUAGCAGGUUUUGGAUUAUCAUUGUGUUUUGUUGCUGCUGUUGUGAUUGUGGCCUAUUAUUUCAAUAAAAAACGAUCAUUUGCAACCGGAUUAUCGGUUUGUGGAAGUGGAAUAGGAACAUUUAUAUUUGCACCUGUGACUCAGUAUCUUUUAGCUGAAUAUGGUUGGCGUGGAACUACGUUGAUUCUUGCGGGAUUAUUUUUCAACUUAGCAGUUUGUGGAUGUCUCAUGAGAGAUCUUGAGUGGACAACAGUUCGUGCAAAAGCCAAAAGUAAGGAACGCAAACGUAUUAGAGAGAAAAAACGAACUAUAAAGAUCCAAUGUGCAAGUAUCGAUUCAUUUUCCAAUAAUUUCCUUACUGAUACAACACCUCAUUCAAUGGGAAAUUCUGUAUGGGUUAAUCCUAUAGAUAUAGAUUAUAUUAGACGUUUACAUGGUAAAGAUAAUAAUGCUAAAUUAUUUUCAAGUCUUUUAACUCUUCCAACGUUUAUUAAAAAUGGGGAUCAAAUACCACUAGAAGUUCUUGAUCUACUAGCUACUCGUAAAGAUAUUUAUAGUGUUUUUAUGCGUAAUUAUCCACAAAUAUUAACAUCAUCAAAAAGUAUUAGUGAUUCAGCAACUCUCUGUGACAUUUCUACAACUCAUCAAAACAUUCAUACCAGUUCGAAAGGUCCACCAAAAUUUCAAAAACAAGAUAAUACCAAUCAAUCGAAUGCUGUGGAUUCAUUGAGCUCUACACAAGCAGUCAGUGAAGGAAAUACGAAUGAUAUGGCUUUUAAUGUGGCUUAUCUAUGGUGGCUCAAUAAAUUUGAAACCGAAAGUCAUUUGAACCAAUCUACUAAUCCCGAAGCCCAAAAAAGAAUUCCAUCUGCAUACUUAAAAAAUGUUAAAAUUCAUCGACACAGUUUAACCUAUCGUGGAGCUAUGCUAAAUAUAAACAGAUAUAGACUAAAAGCAUCUAGUUGUCCAGAUAUUUACAGAAAUUCAAUGACGACUAUUGCAAAAAAUAAAUUUGUCUGGUAUUCUGGACUCUGGGAAUUUUGGGAUUUGAUUGUAGAUAUGUUAGAUUUUUCCCAUUUUACAGUUUCAAAAUUUCUUCUUUUUUCUAUUAGUAAUUUUCUUCUUCAUACUUGGUAUGAUGUGCCUUAUGUUUAUCUUACGGACAAUGCCAUUGAAAUGGGUUUCAGCGAGACAGAUGCAUCCAUUCUUAUUUCUGUAAUUGGUAUUGCUAAUAUGUUUGGAGAGAUAUUCCUUGGAUGGGCAGGUGAUAAACCAUGGGCAAAUGCUUUAAUUGUGUAUGCUCUAUGCAUGAUUCUUUGUGGCAUAGUCACAAGUUUAAUACCAAUGGUUACCAAGAACUAUUAUGCUUUAUGCUCUGUAUCAGGUGCCUUUGGUAUAUUUAUAGCUGCCAAUUACAGUUUAACGAGCAUCAUUCUUGUUGAAGUUAUUACAAUUGAACGUUUUACCAAUGCAUACGGUCUGCUUCUUCUUGUUCAGGGAAUAGCCAAUUUGAUGGGGCCACCGCUAGCAGGGUGGCUUUAUGAUAUUACUGGAACCUACGACUUAUCUUUCUAUUUAGCUGGAUUUUUCAUAGGUUUAAGCGGUCUCUUGUUAAUGGUAAUGCCACUAAUGGAAUUCUAUAAAAAAUGGAUUAGUAGUGACAACUGUGUACCAAAAACUGAUUUUGGUGAAAUAAAUAAUGUAUAGUUAUGAAGAUAGAAAUUAAAUUUAUCUUAUUCAAUUGCAUUAUAAAAGUUCUGUAAUAACCAUCAGUUUAAUUUGAUUGUAAAAUAAUAUUUAUUUAAUAGCUCAAACUAUCUGUAUGAAAUAAUAAGAAAUAUUUUUUUCAUUAUAAAGCUUAACAUGUAAGCAUAUUAAAAGAGUGUUUAAUUACUAAAAAUAUAUAUA